AUUUUUCUUUUAUGCCACCUGAGCGGAGAACUGCGCAAAGGAGAUCAGAUCUUGAGUGUGAAUGGUGUGGAUCUGCGGGCAGCUACACAUGAACAAGCAGCAGCUGCAUUGAAGAAUGCAGGACAGACUGUGACCAUCAUUGCUCAGUACAGACCAGAAGAGUACAGUCGAUUUGAAGCUAAAAUUCAUGAUCUCAGAGAGCAGUUGAUGAACAGCAGUAUGGGCUCUGGAACAACUACAUUACGAAGUAACGCUAAACGAGGAUUUUAUAUCAGGGCUCUGUUUGACUAUGAUAAGACGGCAGACUGUGGUUUCCUGAGUCAGGCCGUGGGCUUUAGGUUUGGAGAUGUGCUGCAUGUUUUGGACUGUGGAGAUGAGGAGUGGUGGCAGGCCUGCAGACUCAGCCCACAGGGGGACGAGGAGGAGGUCGGCUUCAUCCCCAGCAAGAGGAGGGUUGAGAGAAAAGAGUGGACGCGGUUGAAGUCGAAAGAAAGGGACCGAAGUCGAGACAGUACAGGCUCACAGGGAAGGGAAGAGCCAGUACGGAGUUACGAGACAGUUGCACAAGUGGAAGUGCACUACGCGAGGCCCAUCAUUAUUCUGGGCCCGGUGAAGGACAGAGUGAAUGAUGACCUGCUGUCUGAGUUCCCAGACAAGUUUGGCUCUUGUGUCCCUCAUACGACACGACCCAAGCGGGAGUAUGAGGUGGAUGGACGGGACUAUCAUUUUGUGUCGUCGCGGGAACAGAUGGAGAAAGACAUUCAGAACCAUCAUUUCAUCGAGGCGGGCCAGUACAACAGCCACCUGUACGGAACCAGCGUUCAGAGCGUACGAGAGGUGGCCGAACAGCAGGGAAAGCAUUGUAUUCUGGAUGUGUCCGCAAAUGCAGUUCGUAGGCUGCAGGCUGCACAGCUUCACCCGAUCGCCAUCUUCGUGCGGCCCAAAUCACUGGAGAACGUCCUAGAGAUAAACACACGUCUGACUGAGGAACAAGCCAGGAAAGGUAUGGACCGCGCUAUUAAACUGGAGCAAGAUUUCCUGGAGUGCUUCUCUGCGAUCGUGGAGGGCGACAGCUUCGAGGAGGUUUAUCACAAGGUGAAAACUGUGAUCGAAGAACAGUCAGGGCCUUAUAUCUGGAUUCCCACCAGGGAGCGUCUGUGAGAGUCCACCCAGAGCCAAACCACCUCGCCCAGCCUGCCCUGGACUGUGGAGCUCCGACUCGUAGAGCUCACGAGAAACAGACAGAGAGAGAGAGAGAGGGAGGGAGAGAUGGAGAGAAGUCACCGAGACUCCGGGAAAUGAUGGAGUGGAACAGCACAGGAGCUGGCCACACCGCAUCUGCCUCUCUUUUCCUCCGUUUCCUAGCUUUGUAACUUCCUUUUUCUGCUUUUAACUUCCUUUCUCUCAGUCCUUCUCUGUUUCUUUCUGGCUUUCUCUCUGAAUAGCGUCCUUUCACACAGGACUGGUGAGCUGUUUUUACUCUGUCACGAACUGGGAUGCUACAAAGAAAUUUUGUAUAUUGUCAGAUUCCCUCUCGCUCUCUCCGAUCAACACGGGAAGUGGAGAGAGAUGAGCGACCGCCUUGGCUUUUACUGGAAUGAGACGUUCAAGAGCCGCUCCUGAUUAAAGGAGCUCGUUUCUAAAGUUGAAUUGAACUGAAAUAAGAAAGUAUAUUUAUCAGAAUCAAUAAUGCGCUGAAAUCUUCUAUCUACUCAGAGACUGACGUUCACUCACAGUUAUCAGCAUCAAGGGCGUUUUAAUUCCUUUUCGAAAUUUAAAGUGCUUGACGUGUGCUUCCUGAAAUCCAGGAAGUACUGAGCUGGCAAAUCUAAAAAGUUUGCCUCAGUCCUUCGAAUGUUCCCCUGAAAUAGUCUGCAGCUAGUUCAUCACGUUGAAUGGAUGAUAAGGAAGGAAAACAGGAAGACGCAGACUGUGACUUUCGUUCUGCACACCACAGAAAGCCACACGCUUGAUGUUCCAGGGUCUGUUGAUUUUCUUGCGCUUACAUGUAAACAUUCUCAUUUAGACACAUGCCAACAUAGAUUUUGUAAUGUUUGCCUUCUUCUAUCUGGAUCUUCUUGCAACAGCCAGAUUGAUGUUUUCCUUUGAGCUGAAAUUUAUUGGCUCGGUUGGAUUAUUUCCCUGAGCGCCACAGCUCAA